AUGAAGAACGGCUGCAUCGUUCCACUCUUCCAGAUUGCGAAGCUCCUAUCCAACAUGGACGCGCCUAGGUUCAUCUGCAAUACUUGCUCAGCGUCGUUUGGGCGCUCUGCGCACCUACAGAGACAUCAGCGGUCACACGGCAGCGGCGAAUCGUACCAAUGUACCUAUUGUCUAUGGAAAUUUACACGCAGGGAUUCCCUCCGCAAACACUGGAAAACAUGUGUUUUUCGGGAAGCUAUUGGACAUCCUAUUCCUAGCCCAGAGCUGCGUGGGAGGAAACGUCGCGCAUGUGAUCAAUGCGCAAUAAGUAAACGAGCAUGCAACGUUGAAUUACCGUGUGGAACCUGCUCGCUGAAGGGCAGCUCUUGUUCUUAUCGUCGUAUGACGGGG